AAUCGACGACAAUGAAGAUUUACUUGAGUUACUCGGUAGUUUAGACAAACAUACUACGACUGCGAUGAAUUCCAUGAAAAAAUCAACAGAAAGCAAAUACAUCGAACAAACUAUUCAAGUGGUUGAAAACAUUGGACGAUUUUCUGAUAUACAAUCACAUACUCGUCAUCUUUUUAAUAAAGCUGUUGGUGAAACGAAUCAACGAAUUGUGCCUUUCGUUUCAGCAACACCUAAUCUUGUUCGACUCAAUACAAAAUGGCAAGAACAACUAAAGACUGAGAAAGAAAGAGUUAGACGAAAUUUAAUUACAGGCAAAUACGACAAAACGGAUGAUACAUUAGAUUAUGAUAGUAUACAGGAUGCACUUGUAACUAUGGUCAGUUCAAAUAAUUAUAACAUAAAUACACUUGAUAAUUACACACCAAUUCGUCCAGUUGCGACAGCCACUACUACAAGCUAUUCCACUCAGCAAAGUAUUAUUGUUGAAUAUACAUUGAAUAGAGAACAACGAGCUGCAUUUAUGAUAAUAACCAGUCAUCUUGAUGGUGAGAAAAUACGUCAUAAAGGUACCAACAAUGGUCAGCGGAUAAUGUGCAUACCUGGAUGCGGCGGCACAGGUAAAUCACAAUUGAUUCGUGCUGUCACCAAAUACUUUCUUAUUACAAAAAGAAUGCAGAUGAUGCGAAAACUCGCACUCACUGGAAUCGCUGCUGCUAAAACUGGCGGCAUGACAAUUCAUUCAUUUUUAGGUGAACAACGUAAUUCUGGAAAGCCGCGCACCAUCAAGUCAGGUGAUUCCAAACUUGAAAAACAAUGGGCACUCGUUGAAUAUCUCCAAUCGAUAAGAUGA